UCGAGGACUCCGCGAAGGCUAUGCUUUUGGCUGCGGAGGGACGGUCUUCUCGGGCUUCCGUCUCCUUCGCCUCAGGAUGGGGCUGGUCUCCGGCGGAGGCUGGGCGGCGUUCUCCCUCCUCGCCCUCCUCCUUCCGCUGCUGAGGCCCAGCGGCGCCCUGCAGAACGUCACCCCGCAGCUCUUCGGGCCCCAGGCCUUCGGGAGGCUGGCCGCCUUCGGGGAUUUCAACUCCGACAAGCAGACGGACCUCUUCGUCCUGAGGGGAGAUGACUUUAAUUUGAUAAGGAAGGUACAUGAAGAAGAGAAAACAAUAAAGAACAGUGAAUUAAAUAUCUUCCUGGCAGACCAAAAAGAACCUUAUUUUAAACCCAAAGUGAAGUUACUAUUAAC